AUGGUGAAACGAAAACCAUCGUUUAUAACUCCUACUCGAGCGAACCGAUCCAAGCAGGCACCGGUGGAGGAUCACAAAACGACCGAGCAGAUGUCCGGACGAGGGUUUCCCAGUGGAGGCGGAGGUGGUUUUCCGUAUUCGAUACACCCGGACUAUCUGUCGAAGCCGGUCCCGGUGGCCAGAACCGACGUGGGCUACAAAACCCCGAAGUACAUUGUCUACCCGAGCUAUUCGCAAAAUGUUCGCAACGGCGAACCGUACUACAACGCUCCAGUGGCCAUGGACCGUUUCGCUCCCGGUGAAGCGUACGGUGGGACACUUUACAAGUUGAAGAAACAAAAGCAACCCUUCGCGUCUUCGAGUGGUGGAGUGCCUUUCGGCUCGAUUCCGGCCGCUUCCUUCAAUAGCCCGGUGAGCGUUCAGUCACCGAACUUGCUUCGGCCGGCCGCAUCCGACAACAGUCCCGUCACCAUCUUGGCCCCGUCCAGUGGAAGCUCGGGUGGACAGUCUGGGCCACCGUCACCGCCAUCGCCACCAUCGCCACCAUCGCCACCUGGCCCUGCAGACUCUGCAGGUCCACCGAGCCAACCGUUUUUUAUGCCAACACCCGUUCCGAACUCUGGUGAGGAUACACCCGCACCAUCGCCAUCUCAUUCGGCUGAUGCGCCAGAAGUGAAUGCACUGAUGGAUUCCUCCGAAGUUGUCCUCUUUCCUCCCAAUUCCCACACCGGUUACCUUCCUCCAGUCAAAAAGCGUCCCAUAACAGGUUACCUUCCGCCAGCGUCGAUGGCGUCUUCCACCGAGAGCUCUUCCGUCAAGACAGCCUCAUCCGAUCUGUUGAAAUUCCCUCCCAAUAUCAAUUCCAGCUAUCUUCCGCCGAACGAAGAUCGACCAAAGAAUCCCGUUACCAGCUAUAUUCCACCGCCUUCCGGUGAUACGGAUUCUCGAUCGAACUCCGGGGCUUCACCAUCACCGUCCUACAAUGGUACGGCGGAGUUGUUUAAAUUUCCACCCAAUGUAGAUUCGGUCUAUUUGCCACCAGGAGCUUCUUCCGAUGCUUCCAAACAUUCUGCUACUAGCUAUUUACCACCUCCGUCUGGUGAUCCUCGUUCACCGUCGAACCUUAAACCAACCGGUGAUAUGGUGUCCUUUAAGCCAACUUCAAGUGACAUGACUGAGUUGAACAAAUUUCCCCCGAACGUUAAUUCCAACUAUUUGCCUCCCAAGGAGUCGAAACCGGCCGAUCCCUCGGCUACAAGCUAUCUCCCACCCCCAUCUGGGGAUCCCAAGUCUCCUGACAAUCUUAAACCAACCGCCCACCAAGAGUCUUCGGCUGUAUCGGGUGUCAGUGGCCCCGUCAUGUCGGAUGAACUCUACAAGUUUCCUCCGAACGUUCAAACCGCUUACCUGCCAUCGCAAGAGCCUUCGAAAAAUUCCGUUACGAGCUAUCUUCCGCCGCCUUCCGGAAACCCACAUUCGGCCGCCUAUCAGAAUCCUUCCGCUCCCAACCCAGCUCCUCCUUCUCCCCAUUCCUACAUUCCACCGGGGGAUCUGUACAGAUUUCCACCGAAUGUGCAUUCGCAAUACCUGCCACCCUACCAUAGUAUCCCCCGACCGAACAACGCUGUGACGAGCUAUCUUCCUCCUGCUUCCGGCAUUCCAGGUGAUGAUGCCAUCGGAACUAUUCCGGUUGGCCCGGGCAAGCCACAGUACUUGCCCCCACGGUAUCCUGAUAGUGGUCCACCUCCGAUGCAGUCCGCACCGAUGGCACCGAUGAAAAUGCCUCCGAUGAUGCAGCAAAUGAUGGGUGGCCCUCCCAUGGAUGCUCCCAUGGAUGGACCACCGACAGGACCUUCCGGAAUGGGUGGCGAUCAUGACCAUCACCAUCACGAUCACGAUCAUCACCACGAUCACGAUCACCAUCAUGAUCACGAUUUUCCAUACUUCACCGGGUUCGACCACGAUCACUAUCCGGACAUAAUCUUCGACCACGAUCACUUCCACCAUCACCACGACGAGCCAACAACAACACCGGCACCACCUCCACCGCCACCACCACCACCGGCACCGGAAACACCGCGACUGAAGAACUACAGCUACUACUACCUCAGUAGAACGCUUUGGUAUGUGCCGCUCUACUUUACGCUGUACUUUACGUUCUACGUCGCGAUCCUCAUCAUACGAUCCAUCGCGAGACACAAGGUAAACCUUCCUAACCAAUGGACAGGACGAUCGUUUGGCAGCAUCCGGGAUCUGAACGAUUCCGAGGCACAGCGGAAGGCAACCAUGAUGGCCACGUUCACCAUGAAGCAGAUUGAAGAUUUUAGGGAAAAGUAUUUGUAA